AUGGCUGCAAUGCAGUCUGACCCUCUGCCUGAAGCAGUCCAUGUGACUAUCUUUAUGGAAGGUCUACGUACUGGCAUUGCCAGAACCGAGGGUUUUCGGGUUCACCCCUCUACGUUUGAAGAGGCUGUAAGAAUUGCUCUUAAUGCUGAGCAUAACUUCAAGUCGGCCAGACUUGGUUGGGAUGGCUACAAUCCUCGCUCUGGGAGAGCAAACUUUUCGGGCACUACUGCCUAUAAUAGGCCGGAAGCGAUGGAUCUCAGCUAUGCUGAAGACGAAGGUGAAGCUGAGCUUCAAGCUGUUGAGCAGCAACACGUCGUGCGGCGAUGUUUUACGUGUGGAAUUACUAAACACUUGCUGCCUGGUUGCCCUUUGCGUAAGCAACGUCAGGCUACAAGCCAACACUCGACCCCGAGUCGGAAGUCUGGCAUGGCACGGGGAAAUGCCGACACCCAGUUGGCGCGGGGCGCCCUACUGGGGAAGAACUAG